UUGAAGUCCGGAAGCAGCGGCUCCCGAACCUCCUGGCAGGCAAUCCCCUCAGCUGUGGUCACCGGGCUGUCAUCUCCACGCGGCUAAGCCACGCAUAACUGACAGCCCGGUUACCACUCUCCCACCAUCUGUCUCUUCCCUCCUCGUCUCCUCCACACCUCCCCCAUCCUUCUCACCGCCUCAGGUUCUGUCUUCCCCGCCCGAUUACCAAGGAAACAAGUUUCAGAUACCUGCCUACAGUAAGUGAACAAUGUUGAAGACUGUGAAACAAGCUUUAUUUUCAACUGAUAUUCAAACCCCUAAAUGGACAGCGAUAGAAACUCCAUCUUCAGAUUAUGAAGCACGACAGUAUGAAGCUACAAAGUGGGUGAGCACUGAAGUGACAUCAGUGAAAGACUGGGACAGUGCUAUCAGCACAGGCUUCAUGCGUCUUUUUGGCUAUAUUCAAGGAAACAAUGAAAAAAAAGAAAAAGUUGAGAUGACUGCACCAGUGACCACCUAUAUAGAGCCAGGCGCUGGACCAGCCUGUGAAUCCACAAUUACUGUUUCAUUUUACAUACCCCCAGAGCACCAGGAAAAUCCACCUAAACCUACUGAGAGCAAUGUAUUUGUUACAGAAAGACCUCAAAUGACAGUUUAUGUCCGAACUUUUGGCGGAUUUACUAACGGAGCAAAGAAUCAAGAACAGAUCUUGCAGUUAUCAGAAUGUCUAAGAAGAGAUGGAAAGCAGUUUGAUGAGAACAACAUCUACACUGCUGGAUAUGACAGUCCAUUUAAGCUUCUCAACCGACACAAUGAGGUGUGGUUGAUAGCAAAGUAAUGACAGACUACUCUCUGAAGUGCCAUAGUGCAUCCAAAGUAGACUUACAUGUCUUUCCAGAUUUAAAAGGAGCAUCUAAAAAAGGAGCAUCUCUUAAAGUGUCCCUGUCAUUUAAAAAAAAAUUUUUUUACAUGUCACAGAAACAUGUGAAAAGUUUUGAUUGGGCCCAAAUGGCUUUUUUUCCAUUCCCUACCCCACAUAUUAAUGGCAGAUAGAUCCCUGCGGUCUUUUAGAGCCUUUGUUAGUUUAUUUUAUAAUGUUACAAACUAUGUUACUGUGUUAUGUUACAAUGUUGUUAAUAUGUAUAGUUUUUUUUUUUUUUUACUUAUUAAAUAGUAUAGUAACAGAUGCUUAUGUUUCUCUCCAGAAGCUGUUCCUUACCAUGCUACAAACUUUCAUGUACUAUAUUUUGUCUGUUUACAUGUAUGAUGAUAAUUAAUAUGGUAUUUCUCAGUAAGGCUUAUAAUAUACCCUUUUCUUUGUAUUUUAAAACAAAUUCAACAAAAACAUAAAUUUUUUUUAUUUUUUUUGAUCAUCCAGGGUCCCAGUGCUGAACCCCCAAUGAUCAGUAGAACAAACAAGGAGAAGCGGGCACCAAAAGGGUUAUCCAGGAAUUGAAAAAAAUAGCUAGUUCCUUUCAAAAACGACUCCCUGUCUGUCUUCAGGUUGGGUGUGGUUCUACAGCUCAGUUCCAUUAAAGUAGAUGGAGCCAAGUUGUAAUACCACACACAACCUGGGGACAGCCAUUGAGCUGUUUAUGAAAGAAAUUAGCUCUGUUUUUCUAUUCCUGGAUAACCCCUUUAAGCAGUCAUCUUUGUCCAGGUUCACUAGAGGGAAAGCCAAGAACUAAGGUGCCAGCUUCUCCCUGCUUGUUCUAUUGUUCAGUAGGGUGUCAGCACUGAGACCAUGACUGAUCAAAGCUUUUAAUAUGUUUCUGUGACCUGGUCAGAGUUUAUUUUUUCAUUAAUAACUGGAACACUUUAAUGUUAAUGUGCCCUCACUGUUACUUUGAAAAGUCUAUUGCUGUAAAUAAGGAUAUCAAAAUGGUUCAUAGGUUAUCGAAAAUGUGAAUCAUUGCUAAUGGUGGUGAAUUAAGCAUACUGCAUUUGAAAGGUAGAGGUGCAAAACAAGGACCAAGGCACAUGUUAGUGCCAUUUGCAGUACCAAGUAAUGAUGGGUGAAAAGUCAAGAACCCAUCGGGGAAAUAAUAGACCUCCAAUAAUUGAAAUAACAAUUUCUAGGAACAGUGCUAAUCUUGUCUAUAAGCUGGGUCUCAUGUUGUAGUUGAUCCUUGUUCACCCACAGUGAAUGUAGCAAAGCUGAAUUAAUCGUAUAAUAGAGAAAACCUAUGGGCAACCGUGGUAACAUAAAAAAUCAGGACAUAAAAAGUCAUAAAUAUGUGACACAGAGCAGACUAUGUUUUGGGAAAAAAAAUAUUGUUGACUACUAAAAUUCCCAAUUUCUAUGCAAAAAAACAUUAAUAAAGAUCUAUAACAAUGUUAAUAGAUGCAAUGCUGUCUCUUUAUCCAAUGUUAGACUACGUUCUGAAUUCAUGUAUGAAAUAUGGCAGUGUAUAAUAUUUUUAAAAACCUAUUACCGCUUAAAAAAAUACAGUGUAGUGAUUUAAUGUAACUUUUUUAUUUAUUUCAUAACAUAUUUGAAACAGACCAAAUGCUUCUAUUACAAUUAGCAAGAACAAUGGCUAUGGAAUACAAAAGAUAAAUAGUCCUUAUAAUGGACUCUUAGAAUGUCCUGUAUCUACCAAACUAGGUCACAGCACAAAUGGUGGUAUUCAGGGUGAACAAAGAGGCUCA